CCACCUACAACUACUAUUACUACUACGAGCGACGUGCUGUUUAAAGCUUCCGUGAGUUCCGAGUGAAGUUAAAAGACGUAUUUAUCUUUGCAACUAGCUUCACUGUUCUGAAAUGGAAAUCAAACUUGCCUCAGAAUUACCCCGAAUUCAGUCGAUGGUACCUGCCCAUGGAAGCGCGCGGCCAAAACUUGUCACUCCUGGAGAAAUCAUUUCCCACGAUACAAGUUUCAUGAGAGGACAUGGUACUUAUAUGGAGGAUGAUGUCCAGGUUGCUUCCGUAGCAGGUUAUGUCACACGUGUGAAUCGUCUCAUAACUGUCACACCAUUGCGUCAGGUUUACCAGGGUGCAAUUGGAGACACCAUAAUUGGUAGAAUUACGCAAGUUCAAAAGAGGUGGAAAGUUGAUGUCAAUUCAAGACUUGAUGCUGAGCUAAGAUUGACAAAUAUUCAGCUUCCAGGAGGAGAACAGAGAAGAAGCAGCGUUGAAGAUGAGCGAGAAAUGAGGGCCCUUCUUCGUGAAGGGGACCUUGUUUGUGUUGAAGUUCAAAAAAUUAAUGAUGAUGGUUUACUAAGGCUUACAGCACGUUCAACUAAAUAUGGCAAACUGUCACAAGGUACUUUACUGGCUUUUUCCCCAUCACUGAUUGUCCAAGAUAAGCAAAGAAUGCAUGAUCUUCCUUGCGGGGCAAGAGUAGUAUUUGGAGCAAAUGGGUAUGUGUAUAUAACUCCCACAGUACCACAAGAGCAGGCAUCCACAUACACAGUGAAUUUUGAAGAGGUUCCAGUUGAAGUUCGAAAGACGAUUGGUCGUUUGCGUAACUGCAUUAAACUUCUAGCGCAUCAUUCAAUCAUGAUUUCACCGACUAGUGUCAUGGCAGCAUUCGACCAGUCCAUUGAACAAGAUUAUGAGAUCAGAGACCUCCUUCGUCCAGAUGUGAUGCAAGAUGUGGCUAUGGCAACAGUGCAGAAAAUGAAUGAGUAAGACAAAUAGAGUUAGUUUUAAUAUC